AUGAAGUCGUGGAAGAUCAGUCGAUCUUCGCACUUUUCGGAUAGUCCGUUUUCAGAAAAGGAGGGUGCCUCGCAAAACGGCGGCGGCACUCAUGAGCAGUACGGGGAAGGUAAACACAACAACAGUAAAAGCCAUAAAGAACAUUCCGACUCUGAGAAGCUUGAACGAGCUUACAAGGAGAAGAAGGACAAGAAGAAGAAGCGCAAGAAGAAGGACAAGGAACGACAGAGAAGGCGGAGCGAGGACUCGGACGAGGAAGAGGAAACUGAGCUCAGCUGGGUGGAACGAACCAAAGAGACCUUGGAGCAGGAGAACAAAUCUCAGCACAAGUCAAAUGACCACCCGGAGAAGCGAAAGCAUUCACAGCUAGAGCCGGAAAGUUCUUCCACGACCAGUGAUGGAGUUAAGAAGAUGAAACACUCCGCUGUUGACAGUUCACGAAAAACGGACGUUCUUGAUUCCUUGCUGAAGGGUGCCCUGCCUAAGGGUUUUGACGAGAAUGUCAAAUCGUGGAAUGGCGAGUCGUCCAACUUGAACCGAUCCAUUGCUGAGGACAAUAAAAAGUCAACCGUUUAUGAUUACGAUGAAGACGAUUACAAUAAUGAGUUUGAUCAGGGAAAGAUCAAAAAGACAAAAAAGCCAAUGGAAAAGGUGGACGUGUUUCAUCGGAGUUCAAUCAAGACCAAUCCAUUUCAACGUGCGGGACACAGCAGGUAUGGCAACAACAACAACAACAACCACAACAACAGCAACGGCAAUGACAGCCAAAAUUGGUUUCGAAAUUCCUUCAAUAAGCCGCCAGCUAAUAAGUUCAACG